AGGACGGCCGGUCCCAGCUAGCUGUAACCGGCUACAGCAGCUCGACCCUCCCAGCAGCGAAGCUGCUCAGUCGCCAUGGCCAGAAAACACCCCAACACUUUUCUAAUGAAAGAUGAAGUACUUCCAAUAUUCAUCACGAGAUGUGACCCAAUAUCCACAAUGUGUGAAGACAUUUAAGAACGAUUGAGUUCGGGAAAAAAAAUCUUGAUUCCAGUGGAAUCUUCCAUAUAUCUAUAUAUCUAUAUAUAAUUAUUAUUUUUUUUUCCUUUGUGUUAAAUCUUACUUACCUUUUGUGCACACCCAUCCCAUUAACACACAACCAUGCCAGUGCAAGCACCACAAUGGACAGAGUUUCUGCUGUGCCCAAUCUGCACACAGACAUUUGAGGAGACUGUUCGCCGGCCCAUCAGCUUGGGCUGUGGACAUACGGUCUGCAAGAUGUGCCUGAACAAGCUGCACCGAAAGGCCUGUCCUUUUGACCAGACAGUUAUCAGCACAGACAUUGAACAGCUACCUGUCAACACCGCCCUAUUGCAGCUUGUGGGAGGCCAGGUUCCUAAGGCUCAACCAAUUGCCUUGAUCACUAGCCCAGAGGACUCCCAGAAUUAUGAGGUGGCUAGGCAGUGUGUCGAGGAACUGGCCCUUUACCUUAAACCCCUCAGCAACACUCGAGGUGUGGGUCUGAGCAACACAGCCCAAAGUAUGCUGAGUCGGCCCAUGCAAAGGAAACUGGUAACUCUGGUACACUGCCAGCUGGUGGAGGAAGAAGGUCGUGUAAGAGCUAUGAGAGCUGCCCGCUCUCUUGGGGAGCGCACUGUCACUGAACUCAUCUUGCAGCACCAGAAUCCACAACAACUCUCCUCAAACCUGUGGGCUGCUGUUCGUGCUCGAGGAUGUCAGUUUCUAGGCCCAGCAAUGCAAGAGGAAGCUCUUAAGUUGGUCCUUCUUGCUUUAGAAGAUGGCUCGGCUUUAUCCAGGAAAGUGUUGGUUCUCUUUGUGGUCCAGAGGCUUGAGCCACGCUUCCCUCAGGCUUCUAAAACUAGCAUAGGCCAUGUUGUACAGCUCCUUUACAGAGCCUCCUGCUUCAAGGUUACCAAACGCGAUGAAGACUCAUCCUUGAUGCAGUUGAAAGAGGAGUUUCGUACUUAUGAGGCUCUGCGACGCGAGCAUGACUCUCAAAUUGUUCAGAUUGCCAUGGAAGGUGGAUUGCGCAUUGCACCCGACCAGUGGUCUUCUUUGUUGUACGGGGAUCAGUCUCACAAGUCUCAUAUGCAGUCUAUUAUAGAUAAGUUGCAGACCCCGGCAUCUUUUGCUCAGAGUGUUCAGGAGCUUACUAUUGCACUGCAAAGGACUGGAGACCCUGCCAACCUAAACAGACUGCGGCCCCACCUGGAACUACUGGCCAACAUUGAUCCCAGCCCUGAUGCUCCUCCUCCUACGUGGGAGCAGCUUGAGAAGGGCUUGGUAGCAGUAAAAACUGUGGUACAUGGACUUGUUGACUUCAUCCAGAACCACAGCAAGAAAGGAGCUGACCCUCAACAGCCUCCUCAGCACAGCAAAUACAAGACAUACAUGUGCCGUGACAUGAAGCAAAAGGGAGGCUGUCCUCGUGGAGCCAGCUGCACCUUUGCUCACUCUCAGGAAGAACUGGAGAAGUACCGUAAGAUGAAUAAGCGUAUUGCAGCUCGCUCAGGAGGGCUUUUUCCAGAUGAUUGCCUUCCUAUUGACGUAGCAGGGGGCCGGAAGUCCUCACCCCUUCCCAAUGGCAGUACUGCACCAAAUUUGCCCCAACUUAUUGCCCGUGGCACUGAUACACCAUCAUAUGAACUCAUGCCCAAGAUGGAUGGAGACAGUCCUAGUGCCCCAGGGUCGCCACCUGAUGUCUUGAACCCUGUUCCCAAACCCGGUAUGCCUCUGCCACCUCAUGCAAUGGCCCACCCAAGAAUGCCAGAUCCUUACCUCUCAGGAGUGAAGCAUAUGCCUGUGGUACCCAGGAGUUCAGCUGUGUAUUCCCAGCCACAGCCCUCGGAAAUGUGCUAUGAGGCUCGUCCACCACCUGCUUCUCAGUACGGGCCCUCACAAUACCAAACAGCAUCCAGCCCCUCUGUGAACCUGAACAGGAUUAAAAUGGGUUACCCUUACCAACAACCACCACAGUAUGUUCCUCGGGAGGAACAUUACAUUCGUAACCCUCCGCCCCCGAGUGAUCCAGGACAUCCUUAUCAGGACCCCUACCCCGGCUACGGCCACCCAGAGCGCGCCUACCCGGCCCCGCACUCCAGCCUGCCCUUCUCUUAUCCUCACCCUCCGCACUAUGACAGGAGCCGCCACGGGCCCUACAGCGGCCCCCCACUUCCCCCACAGCCUUACCCGUCUCAGAGGGACGACCUAGUCAGAAUGAGUCCAGCACCUGUGGAUGUUCCCCCACCAUCAGCAGGACAGUCUAACUCGCUCUACCACCAGGAGCCAAGCGGCCGGGAUAGAUACCCACCCGAUGGCUAUUAUCCUCCAGGCAACCAGCCUCCAACUAUGAGGACUUAUGUCAGAGGCUCAGCAUACAGUGGUUCACAGCCCAGCCUGGACUACUUGCAUCGACGUCGACAGGAGCUGAUAUCCCAACUAGAAGAAAGGAAGGUCAUUUCCCCUCCACCAUUUGCUGCAUCCCCGACUCUUUCACAUCCCUUUCCCAGUGAUUACACUAGUGAGUUUGGCGAUGAUGGCUCCAAAACGAUGGUGAAAUGCAGGGAGUCUGACUAUGCAGGGCAAUACUCCCCUUGGUCUUGUGAAACAAUUGGCUCCUAUAUUGGCACAAAGGAUCCCAAACCCAAAGACAUUAUGGUUCCCGGUACCAUGGAGAUGAUGAAUGUGGAGGCUAAAGGACUAAGGGAGUCAUCAAUGGAGGUUCCUCGCAGAGCGGCAGAAGUAAAGGACGAUGACCCCAUUAUCCCAUUUGGUCCCCAACCCACUGUGUCACGUUUUGGCGCCAUCUCUCGUACUUCAAAGACAGGCUACCAGACCACUGGCCCUAUCCAGGCCAUGGCCUCUACUCUGCAGAACCCUGGCUCCAAACACAUGGCCAUGUCAGCAGCAGAAUACUCAUAUGGAAGUCAUGGAGGGUGGGGGGGACCCUCAUACCCCUCCCACCAGGCAGCAUCUUCUUCUCAGGGACACUUCAGUGAGCGCCUUCCUAUGGCAGCCCCAGACAGAGAACAGCUAAAGAUUGAGCUGCAGCAGGUCAACCAGCAGAUCACCCAACAGACUCAGUUGCACAGCAUAGAGGCUGCCAGUAAUUCUUCACUCCUGCAGAGGGAAGCUAGUGCUUUGGCAGGUCAGGCUACACAGUCCAACCAGGGCCAGACAGCAGUGACUGCACAGCAGCAACAGCCCAAGUGGCCAGCAGGGGGCGCAAGUGCAACAGCCGUCUCCAGUGAACAGCUCAGCAUGGAGCUCCACCAGGUGGAACGAGAAAUUGGCAAAAGAACCCGUGAGAUGGCUAUGGAAAACCAAGUAGCCCAUGAUGUUCAGCAGUACAAGAUGAAGCCUUCAGAGAAUGGACAGCCAGAGCAUAAGACUCAACUGGAGGAAAUCUCCCUGGUUCUUGGUGAAGUGUCCAAUGGCUCCAGCAGUCUGCAAGAAAGUGCAAUGGGCGGGCCCAUGUUGUCACUGACAAAUAAGACAUCUGCAUUGAGCCUGUGUUCUGAUCCAGGUACCGCUGGUUCAGAGAUGCAGAAAAAUGGUGUUGUCCAUUCCUGCUCUUAGGAAAUGCAUAUUUACACACAUGGGUGCACACACACAAUUACACACGACGCUCAACUGAAAAGCAUGCACAGGCACGCAUACACCGAUUCGAUUUAGAAGAUGAGCAGUAUCUGCCGUGAUGAAUUUUCUUUCUUUUUUGUUCUGUGAAUGAGCUUUUUUUAAUGACUUUCCUUGCCUGGAAACCAGAGCAUAUAACAUUUCUUGUUUAUGUUAUUUCUUAAUUUUUUGUACUGGGAUUACAUUAACAAGGCUCGCUAUGGCUAUACCAGAAAGAGAAAAUGGUGGUGGUGUUGACAGCGUUAUUGUAACUUGAUUCUGAAUAAAUAUGGCUAUUCCAUAUUCAGUCACAGCAGUUAAAAUGUUUAUCCUCCAAAUACAAGAUUCUUAGCUUAGCUGUAGAAGCUUGCAUAUAAAUGAACGGUUUGAUAUGGAGGUGCACAGGUUAACAAGCAAUAUUACAUAACAUUCACUCUGAGAAGCAUCUAGUAGUUUCAUAAUCUAGGAAGGCAUUAUUGGAAAUAACGUGUGUGACUGGGUACUUGCCCCCAAAAUCGUAAAGAGAGGUUUCCCAGAUCUAGAUCUCUGAGGAGGGAAACAUGAUUCAAAAUUCUACUUGUAUUCCUCCAAUAUACCCAUUUAAAUUGUUAUAGAACUCAAUAUUACCAUAUAUAUUUCUUAAUCUGCCACAAAAAGUAUGUUUUCUUUUUGCAUUUUAUGAAAACAGGUCCUUUUCCAUACUUGAAAGCAGUAUAUUUAAUUGGAGCAUUCUGUUUUAGAGAUUGCAGCUUUUCUUUCAUUACGAGCUUUCCAUACUUUCCAUAAGGAAUCUUAUUAGUUGUAUUAUCUGGUUCUCUUGGAGCUUGAUGCAGGUUGUUCUCAGUGCCUGGUGUCUGUGUUUUUGAAUGUGCUGUAAUUAGUCUUGGCCAAUUGUACAAUAUAGUUAUUAUUGUUAGUAUUAUUUUCUUUGAUUCCAAAUUAAAAAGACAAACAUUUUUUCGCUUAAACAUUUCCCUCCUCAAAGCUUCUCAUCUGGCCACAUGAAAGGCCUCCCCAUUGGGAUUAUCUUGUCAUUUGUUCUCCUAACUUCUAUGAAGUUGCCUUCCUUUGUGUCGUUUUUGUCUAAAUUUUAAUUUAGUCUUUUUUUUGUGCUUUAAGUUGUUACGAUUUUGGGUGGUGCAGCUUACAUGAAAGUUUGUCCUCCUUUCUGUCAUGAAAUAGUUGCAUUUUGUGCAAAAGCAUGGACAUGACAUUUGUAGUAGACAAGUUAUUGUUACAGCGUUUUUAGCUGCAGAGUACAUUUGACAUUUUUUUACAGCUGAAAAUAACUGAGGUUUAAACCUAAUAUUUUCAAUAUUGUGUUCUUGAUCCAGAUUUGAUAGUCAUUUAACUUCUGUUUAGUGCUUUUCAGUCUUCAUUGAUGACUGCCACAAAAGUCAGAUCGGUCAGUUGUGUUUGUAAUAUGCUGUCAUCACCGCCAUCAUUUCUGGUUUUUCUCUUUCUCCAUCAUAUAAAUUGUUUACUGCUGAUGCUCGAUAUGGAGCUCCUUGCCUUUUGUGAACAAUUAGCAUAAUUGGCAACAGUUUCACUGCUUUGCUAAGAUUAAGUCCUUGUGCUUGAACGGUUUAAAGAUAGAUCCUCCGGGCCAAGUUGUUUAAUAUUGAGCCUUCGUUUUGGUCAGACGGGGGUACUAAGAAACUGACACUGACAAAUCCCUGAUAACCAAGUCAAGUAAAGACAGAUAUUUUUGUGUCUUAUAUCAAGGUUGAAUGGGCUGGGCAUCUUUUUCAAUUUAUCAGCAUCAUUUGAUUUUCUGUUUCCAUCCACACAAGCCUCUGGCUGCUCCUUGCUACAUUUAUUCUUUUAGGUACACAGCUCACUUAUACAUAUGAGUAUGUAUACAUACAUUAAUAUACUGAAGCACUAUUAACGUGCCACUUCUUACUCUACUUGCUCAGCAUUUAUAUUAAAUGAUCUCGACUAAGAAUCUGAACUUUUUUUUUUUUUUUUUCCUGUCCACUGGUUGCCAACACAGACUUUAUCCUUUCCCAGAUGAAGGACAUCUGUGUGCAUUGAUGUGUGUUCACUUAAUCUUUUGUGUUCAAACAAAGAUGUUCUUUAUAGACUAUGCUUCCGAAGAAGACAAAAUCUGUAACUUUUGAAAAUUUAUAUGGAGAUGUUUUGUGUGUGCUAGAUUGUAUUGUAGAAAUUGUACCCUGACUUAAGCUUUUUUUUUUCCUCCCCACUCCCCUCGAAAUAUGCUGUACUGAGUAAUAGUGUUGAGGUUUUAGAACAGUGUUGGGGGUUUUGCCCAUCACAACCCCACCAGAGAAAAAAAGAAAGAAAUGGAUGGAAGUCUGUGAGAGCAUAGCCUUAAAACCCUCUGUAAUGUUCCUUUACAUUGUCUGCUUUAGGAGCAUGAGAUCAAAGAUACAAAUUAACUGAAUUGUCAAAAUUUAGUCCUACAAGUGGAGUCUACCGACCCAAACCUAGCCUUCCUUUCAAAAUAAAGGCGUGAAAAACAGCAACAAUACAAAAUGCCAAAUGUAAUAAAUGUAUUUUAUUUUUCUUGAUCCAGCAGGGUUAGUAAAACUUUUUUUUUUUUUUUUACCUCUUUUGGCUUUGCAAUAGUUGAGUGAAUUUAUUGACCUGCAAGUCUUUAAUGCAGCAUCUGACCUGAUGUGCAGUCAACAGCUUUAAGUGUCUGAGAUUGAUGUAUUUUAAUUUUUUUUUUCUGGCGUCUGUCCUUUGACUAUUUACAAAUCAUUGGCCUAUAAACUAAAAGAAAUCAGAGCAAAGUUUGAGAGAGGGAAUAGGACUUCAUUAUAGAUUGGCAUAAUGUAAUUUUAAAAAGUUUUUUUUGUUUCUCACUCCACUAAACGUGAGUCUACCAAAAUGCUGAUUCUGCCUGAAAGGUCACUGCAGGUCUGAAUGAUCCUACAAAACCUUCAGCUUAACAGAACUCUCAUACAGGGUUGUAUGGGGGAGUUUACAAUAUAGUACAUGAAAACAAAUCCAUUUAAAUCUUGUUUUUGUUUCUGAGUGAAACUGCUGCCUACAUCCCUCAUUGACAGAAACUCUUUCCACCCACGCCCUUGAACAUUGACCAUUGUUACUGCUGUUUGAGGCUCACAUUUUUUUCCAGACCUUCUGGAGAAAUUCACAGAUGGCUUUUUUAUGAUUAAUCCCUUGUAAAAUAUCUCUUAAAUUAAGGUACAGGUUUGAUUUCAGCAAGAAAAAAAGUUUUUAUAUGUAUAUUAUACUCCAUUAAGGAAUGUCUAGAAUUAUCUUCCUCCAAUGUGGAUGUAGCCAUUAUUACGCCAUUUUAUGACUUUGUAAGAGAAUUCACUGUGUGAAAAUUGGUUUGCAUUUUUGUAUAAUACAAUCUGCUUUUUUUGUUAGAUAAGAGGGGGAGGUCAAACUGGAAGUUUGAAGAAUGGAUAAAAGAUCCUGUGAAAUUGAGUAAAAAUAAAAAAGUAACUUAUGUGCAACAGUGAUUCUAAGCUGAGGGGGAAAGAUUAAACAAUAUUGCUAACUCAAAA